AUGGGUGGAGACGGACGUAGCAAACGCGGCAGUCGGAUCACCAAGAAGAAGCGCAGCCGCCGGUCGGAGAGCGACGAGAGCAGCGACGACGAGGGCUCCUCCCGCUCCGUGUCCUCCUCGGGCUCGGAGACUGAGAGUUCCGACCAUGAGCGGUCGAGUAAGGGCAGCCAGAAGAGGGACAAAAGCAGGCGUCUUCGGGAGUCCAGGAGGGAGAAGAAGAGCACGGAGAUGUCGUCAUCUAGGAAAAGGAAGAGGGAGAAGGAGAGAGAGGUGUAUAAGAAGGAGAGGAGAGAGAGGCGCCGGCAGAAGCGGCGGAGCAAAGGGGCAGAUAAGAAAGACUCUGAGAGCGUGGAUUCUUCCUCCGUCAGUGACGACUCCCAUACGAAGCCUCCAAAGCCUGAAGCCGUGCUGCGCCACAUUCUCAAGAAAUUUCCGGAUGCCGCCGGCGAUUUGAGACAGGUGCUGAUUUGGGAUUUUUUUCUUUCUGUUUAUGUGCCCGCAUUCGUCCAGCUUUUGUUGCUCUCGCAUGCUACCACCAUUGUACUAGCAUGAAAAAAAUAAGGAAUUUAUGCUACUACUGAUAUCAUCAUUGUUUUUAACAUUAAGGUCUUGUACACUAAUGACAAUGGAAGAUUUGAUUAUCAUUGUCUAGAUGACUCUUUUAUCUAGGAAUUUCAGCUACUGAUUCAUUGUUACGUAAAAAGUUCUUCUUGAACAAAGUCAGCAAAAAUGAACAGCCUGGAGGUCCUGACAAGGAAAAUGGGAACUAAGCCUCAGCAAUAUUGUGACAUUCUUAUGUUCAUGCAAGUGAAGAAAAAUUUGAGGGAAAAAGAGGUUCCAAUUGUCUGAUUAGGACUAGCAACAUGCUUUAUAUAAACUUCAAAGUGAGGUUUUGGGAAAUGGUUGGUUAAAGAUGUUGAUCAAGAAUAGAACUGAAAGAUACGUAUUUUGAUGAAAUUACAAUGAUUUUGGUGAGCGAUAGGUAAGAAAAUCUUAAAUUCCUGAUAUAUACAUCCUAUUGUCAGUUAGAUAUGGGUAACCUUACCUGAAAUGAAAAAACUUGUUGAAACAUGAAAGUGGAGACUGUAAAAUUGACAGGAAAUUGUGAAAUGUUUCAUUAUGAGAAUUAACUUCAAAGGAAUUUUUGACCAAGGAAGAAAAGUAGCAGAUGAAAGCUCAAUGCUUUGACAUUUCUUGAAGUAUAUGUAAUGUGGAGAUGUCACUUGUUAGCCCUUCAAUCGAAUGUUGGGAUCUGGGAUCUCCACCAUGUGUAAUUACUCAUUUCAUCUACUGGAAAAAUGGAAGACAAAAUAGUUCCUUUCCAAGCUAGUGAUACAUGAAUCAGAGGAAACUUAUGAAUUUUUGAGGUAACAAUAAAGCUAUAUUCGUGAUUUUGAAGGUCCGCUUGAGAAUCUGGAUCCUAGUUUCGAAUAGAGAGAGCUACCGAGUGGCCAUUCCUGGAGAUGAAUUUUUGCUUUUUCAUUUUGCUUGAAAGAUACCGGGACAAACUAUUUCUUGUUCUUGGUUCUUGGUUCUUACGGUUGCACUAUGGAAUGAGAAGCUGAAUCAUGUGUAAGUGUCGAACGCUUGCAGCAAAUAAUUGGAUGUUAUCCGUAGGGUAUGGAUGUUUCCGACGUCAUCAGUUUUAAAACCAUAAAAUAAAAUUCAUGGGCAGCCAGAUGAUGUUUCAUUGUUCAUAUAUGUAAAAUUUUAAUUGUGGUUUUUUUGUUUACAUUGGACCCUGGAGUAAUAGUUGAUCUGUCUCAGAACGGAUUUUUGAAAGAAUAAAGAGUUGUGUCUGUGUUCUCUCAAAAUUGAAUUACUAUGCCUGAUUUUAGACUUGUCUAGACUAGCCCGCCCUUUUAGGAGGUGCAGGGCCUACGCUCUGUCCAGAUCUUAGUGUCAUGCCAAGCGAGAGUUGGAGGGCUGGCCAAUCCUGGUAUCAAUUGACAGCACAUCCAUCCCUGCUGGACUUGCACUUUCGUGGUGUCACUUAGUCAUAUCAAGAAUCAAGGUGGCUAAAUCAAUAUCCAGUAUUACUUCCUUCUAAAAGUUCAUAUCUCCUUUGUAACAGUCAAUUCAUCUCCGAUCACGAGAUUCUGUCAUCGCACGAGAAACUUGACUAAUAGAUUAAUAUGAUUCAAAUGUUACCAAUGAUUUUCCGUAUUCAUGUAGAUUGUUUGACUUUUCCAUUCACGAGCAUGACUUUGUCCAGGAGCAUGCUGCCCGUUCCAACUAAACCCUCCCAGUUCAAAGUGUAAGUGUUCUUUUCUAAAUGAAAGUUCGAGCGAAUUAAUUUACCUAAUUUGCUCUCCAAAAGAUCAGCUGAUCCGUAUAACAUUUUCUGACCAUGAAAGCAACUUUUUGAAAAAUAAAAUGGCUCAAGAUUGGGUCAUUGUCGACCAUUUUCAGGGAGUCUUUUUCAUCCUACAUUAUUUAUUUCGUGGUAAUUGAUUAAAUUGUGUUAUUCCAUCAAUUAUAUUAUCUAGUGUUCUUUCUUUUGCAGCUUCUGCAAAUUAUUGAUAGUGGGCAAGCUGUUGAUGUGAGAGGAAUUUCUGACAAGUCCAUGGUGAAACUUCUGAAGAAACUAUUUUUUUCAUUAAAGCUCAAACGAAAUGAGGAUGGAGUUUUUCUAUUGCCUCCCGAUAGGCUUCCUACUUUAGAUGUAGUUGGCUCGUUGUUAUCCAUAAAGGUCAAACCCAGUGCAGUAUCUCACUCCACAGCAGCGAGUGAACUGCAAGCAGCAUCUCCUGAAAAAGAAUCUGUACAAAACAAAAAUGAGGCCGGUAUUGGUCCAUUAGAAGACCCACGUGUGAAUUUGGACUCCCUUUCUCACCAAAGAAGGUGAGAUGCUGCACAUUUCUUGAAACUUCCAGAAAAUAUUCUCUAUGUUAAAUUUUAACGAUGCUACAUAAUUAGUUGCAUCUCUAUCGCAUGUAACAAUGUAGAUUACCUUAUUGUUUUCCGUGGCAACUUUUAACCAAAUCAUGUGGCUUUACUGGGAUGCAUAAUUGAUGCCUGAGCCAACGUAUUCUCUUGAUAUGUCUUAAACUUCUUAGGUCCAAAUUUAUUUUAUUUGUUUGUGCAAGCAUUAUUCAUUAUAACAUUCAAUUUGUUGUGUUCCCUAGCUUGUUGACAAUAUCCCACUUCUGCCUCUGCUAAAAUAGCUUCUAACGAUUGCAGAUACAGUUACGUCCAUGUGUUUGCACUAAAUGGAGUUUUUCAAUUUUCAUAGUUUACCGCAAGGACUAACUGCAUGUGCAGGUUCAUUGGCCCUGCAAUGCCAUCUGCUGAGUUAUUGGCUGCAGCAGCUGCAUUAACUGAAGCUGCAACGGCAAUGAGGUACAUAAGUGAAAUUCUAAUUUGUUGGUUAUUAAAUGCUGAAACUCACCAGGCUUUAACUAUACAUUUUCCUACUAUAUUCUUACAUGGCCCCACGAAGAGAAUAAUAAUCUGUUUCUUGAGGAGUGCAGCAAAACUCCACUUAUGUCCCUUCAAUAGUCCCUCCCAGUAAACGUCUUCUUACAGGAGGUUUUAUGCCCUGAUCUUGGUCAUGUGAACGUCUAAACUUUUGUGUUGCUUGCUGAAGUCCAAAGUCUGCAAUUCUUUUGUUUAGCUAACCCAGUCUGUGGCGGGUAGCUGUUAUUAGUUUUAGAACAGUUCUAGUCAAACUGUACUGAUAAAGUUGACGUUAGAUAUACAUACUUAUUUCAUCCAUUGCCAAUUGAUUUUUAAUUAAAUGACUCGGCUCCUAAGUAUAGUCUCAGAAGUCUAGAUAUUCUACUUAUGUUAUCCAUCAACAAGUCUAUCCGCGUGUGAUAGAAUAUUGGGCCUAGUCACAGUAGGCUGUAUUGAAUGGGUGGAUUAAAUCCAGUGGUCUGCUAUAUAUGGGCCUAGUCCACUCAUUGCCAAUUCGUUUGAGUUGGAUGUUUUAGUAUUUAAAAAUAAAUUCUCUCGACAUAUAACAAAUAAAUUUAGUAUAAUGCUUAAUGUUUACAUAAAGAGUUUGGCAUACCCCAUUUUUAUGUGUGAGCUCUUUUAAAUCUUUUGAAAUUAUCAGGGAUGCCGAUCUGGAGGAUGAUGGAGAGUUACUUAUAGGUCCUCCACCGCCUGCUGUUGUUUCUGAAGUCGAAUCAGCAAAUGAGGCUGAAAGAUUUGAAGAGGUAAUAGCUAUUUCUAUUUUUGUCAUCAGAAAUGGAUUAUUGAUUUCUAGAAGGCCUGGAUAUGUUUCUAAUGUAGUUGUUGAAGCUUGAGCUCUUUGGAUGGCCUUUGAAUGGUUAAAUUGGGGAGAGACAUGGUCUCGAAGGAGCACAAAAGUUGGUGGUCCAUCCUUUAUUAGUGGGCAAAAGUCAUGAGACAACUGCUGUUUUUGAGGAUCUUCUCUCACUUUGUUUACACAUACGUUUCCUAACAAGGUGUUCCUGGGGGGGGGGGAAGGUGCAAAUACUCUAGUGACUUUUACAAAAUAAUGAUCUGUUUACCUCAAAAAUGUUGAUAACGAGACUAUCAUUAACUUUAAGAAAAAGGUUCAUCAUGAUUUUGAGGUCCUCUUUGAAUAGACCUUAAAUCGUCUGCAUAGGCCUCUCCAGUCAUGGCCUGGUCAACUUCAGUGACCCCUGUGCAGAUCAGGGAUCAUGGAGUCUAGGGAGGAGAUAGAAAACUGAUUAUUCCCUGUUUUUCUCAAAAUAUGGGCUGGGGUUUGACUGAAGUAGCUUAGUUACAUGAUAAGAAUACUAACCAGCUGGUAGGAGGUUGAUGAUGUGAUGCAUUUGACUGGGACAGAGGUUCUGUACUACAUCACUUGUUGUCCUACCUUUACUUUGUGCACAAAUUUCCACGUCCAAAGAUUUCAGCAUCCAUAAGAAUAGGUUCUCCCUGUAACAAGCUCCAUAAACUGAGAGUAAGUCACUCUUAGUAUAGAUCCAACAAGAAUAAAAGGGGUGAUUUAGGGGCUAGACAUAGAACAAGCUGUGAAUGUAGUAUUUAUGUCAUGGGCUGAACAUUAAGAUGUAAAAUGAGGCGGGAGAUAUUCCUAGGUGGUGUUAGGAGACCACAUUUAUAAUAUUGGCUGAUCCAUUUUUAUAUUUGAUUGCCAGAUUAUUUAGGGUUAGACUUGUGCCUUGCAGUUUCUCUUUGCCAACGAUCUAAAUGUGGAAUGAUGCUUUGUCCUUGGACUUCUUAACUACUUAAUGCUGGGAAAAGGAAGUAAAAAUUGAAAAUGAACUGGUGGCUCUAUUCCCUAUCUCCCUUAUUACUUCCAACAUUACCUGUUACAACAAUGCACACAUGACCUCCAUACCUGUUGCACUCUGAAACCAAGCAGACCUGUCAUGUUUAACUGAUGUUUAUGUUGAAAUAGGAUGGCAUGCGGAAAAUUCUUAUCCAUGAAUCUUCAGAUUUUUUCUUAGCAUCUGUAGUAGCAAGCACGGUUCACUUAUAUUUUUGGGUGAUAAUGACUGAUAGUUUUAAUGUCAGAUGCUCGAGAAUCCACAUUUAUUUGGUAUUACCUGCAAUAAAUGUGUGUUCUUUGUCUAUACUAUCUGCUUUGAAGAGUGUGUUCCUUGAUGUUGUGAAAAGAAUAAUCAGAACAGUUUACAUGGCACUAUCGUAUGGCUGCCUCAGCCUUUACUGUUGUCACUUUUGACAUGCCACACAUUUUUCUCUGAAUUUUCUCUCUCAUUGGACCCUCUUUGAUGUUUUUACGUUUUUCAAUAUGGUGUAGGUUACACGAAUUGUUGGGUCUGAUCCUGAUAAACCUUAUGACGUGCUUGGAGCGAAUUGGAAAAUGUCAACUGAUAACAUCAAGAAAAAGUAAGUUAGCUUUAUUCGUUGACUUUUGAUUAUUUUUUAUCAUUUUGUUCCUCAUUAGCGUAGUGAAUUUUCUCCACUGCAAUAAAAUCAACACCAAGAUGAUUUACUAUUUUGAAUAUUUGCAUCUUAUAAACAUUGGUACUUUGCGAUUGAUGUAUAAUGGUUGAAAGAAAAGUGUGAUCUUUAAAGAUAUAAAAAAGAAAACUGUAGGAGAAUAUAUUCUAUAAAGAUAAAAAGCUUGUCAAUGCUGGUAUUUGACAAUAAUUCGAAAAGUAUUUAUUUCCCUCUUAGAGAAAGUUACCUCUAUUCUUUUUUCUCCAUCUUCCCCAUUGUUCGCUUCUGUUCUAUCUUUGAUCCAUCCCAAUAUCUUUCCCCUCUACGACAUUUUACACUACACCCUGGUAUUACAAGCAACAGAGAGGCAACAAAUAUCUCAUUUAGCAAGACCUCCGUUGCUCUGGAGGAAUAACAUAGACACCCAUCGACUAUAACCAAUCUGUUAUUGAUAAUGCAGGACAGUGGUCCAUCGAUUCGUUGAAAUUCAAUCAUACAAACUGCAAUUAAGAGUAAUCAAUCCUCUCCUCAAUUGACACUUCAUAUAAUGCAACGAAAGAUAUGUCACUGUGAAAGUCACUUGAGUUAGCUGCCCGUUGAGAAAGCAAUUCUGGUUCCAACUGUUGAUAUGAAUGUCAUGGAAUUUGUUCAUGUGAUGUUACACUUCUUAAACAAUUAAAAACCUAUUAUUAAAAAGUAGUAUGUAGAACCUGAACAUUUAGUACUAGACAACAAUGGAUUGUCAGAAAAUUCAAGCAAUUGAGCCAGCAUUGUUCUGAGGCAUCUCACCAUUACAAUUUUGAUUCUUCAUUUUUUAUCAAUAAUUGAUGCUGAAGAUGGUGACGUUCCAACAAGCUAGGGCACUACAAAAAGAGGAAUGAAUUGUUCAGUUAUAGGUUUGACGUCCAGAACUAAAACAUUGUGGAAAAUAGAAAAAGUCGCCCUAUGACACCAUGAUUAUCGUGGUUUCAUUCCCUUAACAAUCCUCUUCAAAUACCCAUAAUUGGGAAAAAAAUUAUAUUUCUUGAACAAAUUUUAAGUUCCCUUUACCCUAAGUUACUAUAAAACUUCUACUUCGACCCACAUCUUACUUACUAUGCUUCUAGCAAGUUUGAAGUAGAAAUACAUCCCAAGAAACUUGAAACUUGGGUGACCACUUUAGGAGCGGAAGCAUGAUGUGAUUCUUGAAUCAAGGGAUUUAUAGCUCUUGAAAGAGAUCUAUCUAUUUUCAAAUGGCCUACCCGUAUUUGGAAAAAAAUGGCUUGUUUUUCAGUUUUGUCAGUACUUUUUUAGAUUUUUUUUGACAUUACCAAGAUUUUAGAUGUCUGAACUUGUUGAAUGGCUGUGAAACCUAAAACUAUAUCAGACGUUGAUGUUUCUUUAUUAGUGUCUAUACUUUAUCAUUGAUCGCCCUUUUCAGGCAUAAACGCUUGUAUGUUGGAGUUCAAUAUUCAAGUUCUUUGACAUUCUGCCUGCUUUUCAGUUGCUGGCACUUUUCUGGAUGGUUUUUACACUUUUUCAGUUCCUCUCGAUUCUGUCUCCACGUGUUCAUAUGUUAAAACUUGAAUUUUGUGUCAAUUACAGAUAUUGACGCUCAUUCUGUAAGUGUUGAUGCAUAUCAGAAUAACGGUUUGGGUUUACUAGUUACGUAAAGCUGUCUAUGUUUUGCAUAUUCAUGUAAGACAGGUUAGGUGGUUUGUAUCAACCAACUUAAACUCACUCGUAAGCAUGAAACUCAACUGUUGGAGUUAUAGUUAGAUGAUAGGAUUUGGUUACCAUGCAUUAAAGAAUUCCAAACAUUUUUUUUGGACAAUCGCUGCACAUUCUAGUUUUCCCUUAUCUUUGUAGGUGGCUGGAUGCAUAUAAAGACACUUGCACAUAAAUGGUCCUACAAGGUUGAAUUUGAGAUUGUUUACUUUGAAGAUUGACAACUUAGAAUCUCAUUGAAGACUAUUCGUUUCUCGGAUUUCUGCUCAUUUCAUAAAAAUUUUCUAGCUUAGUCUAAAGGAAAGAGUGUUAUAGGCGUUGAUCUUUGACCAUCUGUUGUUGUUACCUUAUUGUAGCAUUGUACAUAACUUUCUAAGUAUUAUUUGGCAUUUUGCAAUUUUUUCAUUGUAGAAUUCUUAUUUCCAUGCUUUCAUUUAAAAAUUGUUGUGAUCAUACAUCUAAAGUAGUUGUGUUGAUCUUUGGUUAGGUAUUGGAAGUUGUCUCUCAUGGUUCAUCCUGACAAAUGUUCGCAUCCUCAGGCACAUCAAGCAUUUGUGAUAUUGAACAAAUGUUUUAAACUACUACAGGACACAGAGAAGGUGGUCUUGUCUCAAUUUACUGUUUUUUGUAAUUUAUUUUGUUAAAAUAUUUGUGUAAUAUCUAAUUUAACUGCGAAUAUACUCAUUCACUGGAUUUGAUAAUUCAUUGGGCGCUGGAUGUAUAUGAUACAUAUAUAUGGUCUUUGAUAUCCGAACUUUUUGUGCUUUUGACCAUAUUAUGGAUGACAAAUUUAGUUCUGUUAAGUGCAAGAAUUAUAAUCUUAUAAGCUUAUUUAGAUAUCAAUUUCUUAAUCCAUUCAAAACUGGUUCUUGGUUUUGACGGGUUGUUAUACACAAGCCUUUCGAUUUGGAGAAAAAAAUGAAGACUGAUAAAUUCAUUUUCUUUGGCUUUUGUGCAUCUAAAACCAGGUUUACCCUAUGAAAAUUGUGUCUAGUCAUUCAGUCAUUCGAAUCCUCUUUCAUUCUCCCAUUUCCACUAACAGCUACCUUUAUUGAAGCUUCUUUUGGAGCUUACCUUUUGAUUAAGAGAAGAAUGAAUGAUCAGGUUAGAUCAGCCAACAGUUGCAACAGAAAGGUUAAAAAGUUGAACUAGUAGACAAUAAAGGGUUGACCGCUCCAUGGGUAAUUUUCAGAACCUUAGAAAGUGAUACAAAGAACGGCUCCUUCGAGAGCAACUAAGAUACAAAUGGUGGAUAACAACAUCUAAAAUGAGUGAGACUGCUUAAUUUUCCUGUGAUGCUUUGUAUAGAAAGACAGUCUUGGGAAUAAAAGGAAACAAAAAUUGUCUAUGAAAUAAAAGCUUGAGAUGUUUAGUAACCUUUUCAAAAGUUACUCGAAGAGAAAGAAAGCAUGGAGAUUCGGAUUGGGAAGGCUCCUCCUUGGCUUGAUAUUUCAAUAAUUUAUCAGUGUCGUCCUUACAAGUGAAAGGAAACCACUUUUAAGGAUGAAGGCAUGCUGGUGUCCUCAUCCAGAUGGCUUUGUAAUAUUGUGUGUGUAAGAAAUGAUUAAAGAAGUUGUACGCAGAAAAUUAAAGAUUAUCAAUGUUGAUUCAAAUCAAUUUGGUUUUUUUACAAUCAACUUCCUGCAAAAGUCCAUUACCUGAGGAAUCCGAUUACAAAAGUCUUAUCUUCUCAUCCAUCAAAUAUCGAAUUUGAAACAUAUGUAAAACAAGAAAAAAAGUCCACUCGUCGGAUACUUAAAAACCUCUUCCCCCUGAAAUCCAUGUGGAAAACAGUAAUCUCUGAGUUCUCCAAUCCUAACAAAUAUGACGAGUACUUCUUCAGCAUGGAGUUGGUACCAAAGGUGCUCGUGUGUACCUCUUUGCACAUCUUGGAAUUCUGUACUGUCUCUCUUAUCUGUGUGACCCGUAACACUAGCCGAUGUGCCCUAGACAUUUCAUUCACGGACUCCAUUUGACCUUGGAAAGGCAUCUCUACAACACUUCCAUGCAAUCAUAUUCUAUAAAGAUACGGUCAAAUUGUUUCUCCCCCAGUCCACAGAAACUGAAGGUGUGUUCAAUGUAAGUUUUGAACAAAACAACUUUAUCACAGUAUACAGACUCCUUUGGCACAAUUUUCUCUUAGAAUUCUGACUUUCAUGGGAGUAGUCUACCUAUGCCGGUAUGUAACACGACAUAAUCCUAAAAAUUUCCUACAAAGAACAUAAAGUUUCCUACAAAGGACAUUCGUUUGUUGACUGUCCAAUUUUCUCUUAAAAUGUCCAAUUUAUAGUCCUUUUUUACAUCCUGGCCUGACUUAAUGAUUCCCCUCCAAUUGUUCGUAAUUUUCUUAUAUUAUGAAUAUGCUAAUCUUUGUCUUUGGGGAUGUUCCAUAGUAUGGUAGAUACCUUGCUCGUAGAGAUUACUGAGAUGAGAAUGAUGAUAUGAGCGACAAUCCUGUUAGAAUUUUUAAACUGUUCUGACCACCUCCCUUCAUUUAUUGCAUUUAUCUUUUAUAGUUCUUGCUUGCUAUCCUCUCCUAUCUUCAGCAAUGGUUUUUCUUUUGAGUCAAACUUCGCCAUUUCAGGCCGAUCUUGAGUUUUUCUUUUUUCCUUUCCUGCAAGCGAAGCCUAAUCUACUUUUUCAUGCGCUCUUCUUGUUCUGCUCAGUUCUUAUAGAGAGAAGCAUUCCGAAAAUGGAUAAAAUAUAACAUUCAAGGCUGGAAAGACUGUCCAGAACCUUACUGAUAAUUCCCUAUUUUCGGCUGACAUUAGAGAAUGAUUCAUGUAUAUCUGCACCACAUAAUGUACACUAAGAUGAUGAUGGUAUCGGUAUUCAAUUCGUUGGCUUUUAAGAAUUUUCUUGGUCUAUCAUAUGUAGGCAUAUAAGUUUUCUUCUCCUUUCCUUCAAAUGCAAAUUCAUAUAAAAGUUGAUUGAAAGAGCUCCCUUGUUUCUUGCUAUUUUCACUCUUGAAUUUAUUUUUUUCUGUUCAGUCUGCUCACCCAGUUUAUAGUGACUGUUCAAUUUUUAACUUGAAGAUUUACGUACAUUUUAAUCUUCGAAUUUUUUCAGAGGAAAGAGUUGGAUGAGAAAAUUAAGCUCAAGGAAGAACAGGAACAGUUUAAGGUAAACAGAAAGUGCUGUCAUAUUCUUCUUUUAUGAACUGGGUUAGUUUAUACGUUUAGAUCUUUGCUUUUAAGACCUACGCAUAUCUUGGGACGUUUCUGGAUGUAAUAGAAGAGACUCCUGAUCCUGUCUCUUCCUAGUCAAUCCCCUGAUCUUCUGGACUCCCUGGUAAUGAUGCCGACCUUGGUGAUUUCUGCGGUAAAUCUUAGAGUUUGUAACACUAGGCAAAGAAAGAACAUGCUACAGGUCUUGACCGUCACUAUUAUAAAGUAUCCAUAGUGAUGAUAGAAUGUUAUCUCAACAACUUAUUUCUGCGUAGUUUUAUAGGAACAAAACUUCUCUGCCAUUUUUUCCUCACAAAAACACUAUGUUCUUUGUCCCUCAACCUAAGUAGGUUAUUCUUUGACUUUAAAAACUCUAAGCUGCCUUUGAGGAGAAUGUGUCAUCCAAGGUGAACGAUCUUGUAACUUUGAGGAGAAGAUGGAUGACUUAUUGCAUUUUUUCUGGAAGGAAUCAUUGGAGAUGUUAGAUAAGGAAACCAGGGGACACACUAUGAAUUUUGCUGAGGUCACCUUGUUUCCGAAUCCAUGAAUACAGAACUGAUCACGAUGAAGGCCAAGGAGGUUAGUAUUUUGUUGCUAGAAAAUAGGUUUUACUGUGCGCAUGCAGUGUUUUGAAAAAUUGACAUGGUUUGGUUGGACCAAGUUCGCUAUUCUAGUGAAACGCGUGGGAGAUUCAUAGAGGCUGAUCUUGUCUCCCACAUUACAUUCAGAUUCAUAGCCCAUGUCAAAUAGUUAAAAAAUAGUUAAACGCGUGGGAUCAUGUUUUUCUGCUUUGAGCUAUCAGAGAAGUCUAAGGUUGAAGAUGGUGACAUUCUGUGAUCUUGCUUUCACCAAAAAUUAUGGCACAUUUGUAUCAGCUCGGUAACUCUAGUUUUGUGCUACCUCGGGACGUGCAUGUCUUCAUUUUUUGAAAAUAUGUACAGCAAGUCCCAUUCCCCUAAGAAAUUCCACUCUUUACUUGGACCACUUCGCUGGUUAUGACCAAUCCUUAUUUAGCUAGUUGUAAUUAAUUUAGGACUGCGCAAUGAAGUGAUUGAAGUGGGUCAUAUAUUAUAUAAUCAGGUUUGUGCAUGAACAAUGAUUGAGCCCAUAUAGUUUAGCUACUCCCAACCACUGUCGAAUUCCAGGUAGGGUGAUAUUUAACCCCUUAUAUGAAGAACUUGAUCUCCUCCACCUCGGGAUUUUUUGGCCAUACUCAAUGACACUGAAUUUGAUCUUCCUACUCCUUUCUGCCACUUGUGUAUCCAUAUCAUAAAUUUGUGAUAUCUCAUCCAUCCAGUUCACAAGAAACAGGGUUCCAGUUGGAAUAGGACUUGAAGAGGUGUCCAUUAUGCUCGGAUGAAAAUUUAUUGUUUUGAUUAUUAUGGUUGCACAUUCUGAUAAACUUGUCGUUUAUGAUGUAUGGCUUGAUAUCAACCUAAUGUAACGUUUUUAAUAUAUUUUUCACUCCUUUAGGUUGAGUUACGAUCACUCCGUGAAGCUGCACAAUGGAGAAAAUUGCAAGGUCUGGUAGCUUUUUAGUGGAUGUUUGUUAAUGCCUCUUAUUUAGUUUUGAUUCAGUUAGCAUGAUUUCGAAAAAGAAAUUAUCCCUGUAACGAGGUUUGGCACCAUAAUAUUCUGUAAAUAAAGAUGCCCAAUGAGACAUCUAACCUGUCGCAUGAAUUUUUCUUGUACCCAACAGCCUUAUUUUUAGAAUAAAAGCUUCCUGUGAUGGACCAAACAUGAAGGGAAAAGACAGGCGUGCUUUUUUGGAAGAAAAUAAUGGAAAUGUUCAAUUCUUGGCAGGGAUAUCAAUGGAAGGUGAUGAUAUCCUUCUGGCGGAGACAGAGGCAGAGGCAGAGCAGCCAAAAAAGAGGGACGAGUGGAUGACAACGCUGCCUCCUGAAAGGAAAGUAAGGAUCCUGUCCUCAUCUGACUGAUCUGCAACUCGCAAUGUUUUCUGAGCCACUGGCCGAUUCGGCUCGGGAACAACCGUCAAAGAUCAGGAGAAUUGUUGACCGAAUCUGGCCACAUCCAACCAAUUAUCUUGUUAUGGGGGGUGCAGAUUAGCCGACUACUCUGGCUAGUUUAUUGAUUUUAAUCAGGGAAACUUAGCCUCGAUUCCACCAUUUCUGACUGAUUUAGACAGACCUAAAUCCGGUUCAGGAUCAAUUUCUCGCCCAGAUUUCUUCAUCUUUACACCAGGAUGAAUCUUUAACCAUCAGUCUUUAAUUCCCAGCCUGGCAUCACGACGCAAUCAACGACAUUUAGUAGGACCAACAAAGAAGGGCGCGGCGACACCAGUGUUUGGACGGACAACCCCCUCGACAAGGCUCACAAGGCAAAACAGAGGUUCCACCAUAUCUUUCUCAAUUCAACAAGUUCCAUGGAUUCUCUUCUGUUUGAGAUAUUCACCUAAUUAUGGCAAAAGACCCUUCCUCCCAUCAUAACAUCAGGUGUUGUAUAUUAUUCCCAGUUACUUGGAGGCCUACAACAAGGUGACGGCAACCAGUGCUGCGGACUCGGAGAGAAUGAGAUCGACUGCCGACGCAGACCUGGUUGACAAAUACAACCAGGCCAAGCGGGCCAAGUCCCUGGUGCAGAAGCACCGGGAGGAGAGUGGCCGAUCGAAAGGCAAGGCAAAGCGGCUGCCACUGGAGAAGGAAGAGUGGGCAGGGCAGCACCCAUGGAAGCCCUGGGACCGUGAGAAGGACCUGUCAGCCGGCCGCCAGAAAGUCAACUUGGAUUCCAAGAACAUGUCCGAGGGCCUCUCCUCCCGGUUCUCCUCCAGCUCCUUCCAGAGGGACUUCCUGUGA